CCUGUGAAUUCCUGCUUGUGUUCCUUCCCAGUCGUUUAAUCUAAAACAGUCCAAAAUACUCUUUUAUUCCGAUUCUGACCCACACAAUCUCACUCAGUAGGCUACGACUAAAAGAUCCGCGCUGGUGAGAGAGUGAAAGGAAAACCUGCUAAAACUUGCAUUCUGAUUUCUUUCUUCUUUUACAGAUAAAGAAAUGCCAUACAUAUUUAUGGACAUAAAGACAUAAAACCGGCCUGCCUACAGCUCCCUGUCUCUGAUCCAAUGGAUCCUUGUGCUGAAGAUCCGGCUGGAAGACCCGAGGAUCAUGUGUUUCAUGGAUGGGAUGUCCCUGUCUUUUCAGAACAGGAUUAUUUGGAUUUAUACACACCCGUCUCUGGUUUAAUAGCAGCCGAUCAGAGGAAAGAGCAGGUGAAUGUGGACAUGAAGAAUGAGGAAGCAGCUGUGAGUAAAACACCUGUACAACACCUGCGCGGGCCUCAGGACUCUUGGAACAUCGAUUUAAUUGAUUCAGCCCAAGGCAGCAACAGCAGAACAGCAUUGCUCUGCAUGUCAACAUCACGAAUCCUGUCAGAACACAGUGUGACCCGUGACGAGUCCAGCAGGAGUGUGUCGUGGGGUCGUGACGAGUCCAGCAGGAGUGUGUCGUGGGGUCGUGACGAGUCCAGCAGGAGUGUGUCGCGGGGUCGUGACGAGUCCAGCAGGAGUGUGUCGAGGGGUCGUGACGAGUCCAGCAGGAGUGUGUCGCGGGGUCGUGACGAGUCCAGCAGGAGUGUGUCGCGGGGUCGUGACGAGUCCAGCAGGAGUGUGUCGAGGGGUCGUGACGAGUCCAGCAGGAGUGUGUCGAGGGGUCGUGACGAGUCCAGCAGGAGUGUGUCGCGGGGUCGUGACGAGUCCAGCAGGAGUGUGUCGAGGGGUCGUGACGAGUCCAGCAGGAGUGUGUCGCGGGGUCGUGACGAGUCCAGCAGGAGUGUGUCGCGGGGUCGUGACGAGUCCAGCAGGAGUGUGUCGUGGGGUCGUGACGAGUCCAGCAGGAGUGUGUCGCGGGGUCGUGACGAGUCCAGCAGGAGUGUGUCGCGGGGUCGUGACGAGUCCAGCAGGAGUGUGUCGCGGGGUCGUGACGAGUCCAGCAGGAGUGUGUCGCGGGGUCGUGACGAGCCAAGCAGGAGUGUGUCGUGGGGUCGUGACGAGUCCAGCAGGAGUGUGUCGCGGGGUCGUGACGAGUCCAGCAGGAGUGUGUCGUGGGGUCGUGACGAGUCCAGCAAGAGUGUGUCGUGGGGUCGUGACGAGUCCAGCAGGAGUGUGUUCUGGGCCCGUGUGGCUCCUGUGCUCGUGUCCGAUGAUCUUCUCUUCAGGGUCUCUGUGCCGUGGCUUUCUGUGGAACUACCGAUCAGAUGGAGACUAAACAGCACAGCCCGGGAACUGAUGGAGGCGGUUCUGGAGACCCUGGAUCAUAAAGCUGGUGUCAGUGGACAAUACCUGAUGAAACUCUGUGACUCUGAGGAGUUUCUCAGAAGUGAUGAAAUCUUGGGAUCUCAGGAACACAUCCAGGUGUAUCAUAAGUUUGCUUCAGAUGUUCCCGUGAGGAUGAUGCUUUGGGACAGCGUUGACAAAACCCUGACCCGAGAUGAGGAAGACGACAGGCAGAUGUUUCAUUUUAAUCAAGUCCUCGCUUCUGCUUGUGCAUUCAACACAAUAAGGUCGUGUCUGCAGGAGAAACUAAAUAUCUACAGCAAGGAAGUAAACGAGCUCAUGAGAAGCCAGUGUGGCGUGUGUGUGUGUGCGGUGGUGGACAGCGUUGGCGGUGUGUGUGAGCAGAUGUGUGGCGUCACUACAGCAGAUCUAGAGGAGGCCGUCGGGCGGCUCAAGCGCUUCGCUCCUCUCGCACGGACUCCAGUGGAAAUGAGUGACUGUGAAACUGCUGUAGUCGAGCUCCAUCAAGCUCUGCUGAAGCUGCUCCACAUUUUCUUCACAAACUUUGAUUUGGACUUCAGAGGACCGGAUGUUCCCGAUCCGCCAGCAUCCGACGUCCGGCUCAACACACACAUGCUUCAGCUCGACCUGACCGGCUUCUACAGGCUCCUGCCCGACUGGGUCUACGGCUACGAUCACUUCAGCGUGCGCUGCGCGCUCACACACUGCGGCAGGAAUUCGCCUUGUGUGUUCAGAUUGGUGUUUCCUGUUCCAGUUAGAGAGCUGCCAUAUGAAUCAAUGUUGACUUUUCAUCUAUUGGGCUCAAAACAGUCCAGAAACCCUGAGCUUCUCUGCUGGGCGGCCCUUGCUCUCUUCAACAACAAGACUCUGGUUCACGGCACGGUUCUGCUCAGCAUGUCCACACAGGUGCCGCCCAGGUGUCCUCCGUCAUCAGCACUGACCCACGGCCAUCGGCAGCCCACGGGGGUCAUUCUACAGCUUGGUUUCCCAGACUCUGAACAGUGGCGAUACGAGCGAACGUCCGCACGGCCCGGGUCAGUCCUCGAGUCUGCUGCGUGUGAACCUGCGUGUGAAGAGCUGCAUAAGAGAAUAGCAGACGUGUCUCAGAAACACUGCCUGUCGCUGUUGACUGAGAACGAGAAGGUGUUCCUGUGGAGCAGACGGCAGGUGUGCAGCUCGAGGAACUCACUCCUACACCUGGUGUUGGGCAGUGCUCCUACGUGGAGACCGCAGGACCAGCCCGAGAUCUACGGGAUCCUGCAGCGCUGGGGCAUCAGCUGUGAGGAGGCCCUGUUCCUCCUGAGCCACGAGUUUCAUGACCAGUUCGUGCGUUCAGUGGCUGUGCAGCAUUUCCAGCAGAUGUGUGACAGUCAACUGGAGGAGUUUCUGCCACAACUGGUGCAGGCUCUGAAGAUGGAGUGGGACUCUGACGGGCCGCUGGUGACGCUGCUACUCUCCAGAUCCCUGCGCUGUAUCCGUAUCGCUCAGCAGCUGUACUGGCUGCUGGUGGACGCUCUGGAGGACUGGCUCUAUAAGAGCUGGAUCAGUAAGGUUCUGUCGGCACUGAAGCACUGCUGUGGACGUGCGCUGAGACUCGAGCUGCAGCGGGAGAGUCGACUGAUGGAUCUGCUCACACACUUGGCCCAGAGAAUACACACCGCGGACAAACACAAGAGAAAGGAUGUGUUUCGCAGAGAGCGAUGGAAGAUUGCCAGCUUUUUCUCCGACGGUCUGUCCUGCAGGCUUCCGUUAGACCCGGCGGUCGAGGUCAAGGGUGUGAAUAUCGAGGCUUUUAAGGUUUAUAACUCAAACGCAGCUCCUGUGGAAGUGUCCUUCAUCACCGCCGACCCGCUGGGACGAAACUACAGCGUCAUCUGCAAGAGCGGAGAGAACCUGCGGCAGGACAUGCUGGUGCUGCAGAUCGUGCGUCUAGUGGACCGCAUGUGGAGGCUCGAGCGGCUGGACAUGCGCAUGGUCACAUACAGAUGCCUGUCUGCUGGCAGAGAUCGAGGUCUGGUGGAAGUGGUGCAGGACGCAGUGACUCUGGCGACGAUCCAUCAGGAAUGGGGUUUAUCCGGAGCGCUGAGGGAAGACACCUUAGAGAAGUGGUUCCACAUGAGGAACAAGACUAAAGACGACUACGAGAAGGCUGUGCUGAACUUCCUCCACUCGUGUGCCGGCUGGUGUGUCGUCACGUUUGUUCUGGGCAUCUGUGACCGUCACAACGACAACAUCAUGAUCAAACACAGCGGCCACAUGUUCCACAUCGACUUCGGGAAGAUCAUGGGAAACGCACAGAAGUUCGGCAGCAUCAGGAGAGACCGAACGCCCUUCAUCUUCACGCCGGAGAUGCAGCGCUUCAUCACUGGCGGCGGCGAGAACCCUCAGCGCUUCCAUCGGUUCGUGGAGCUGUGCUGUAACGCUUACAACAGCCUGCGCACACACACCCCACUGCUGCUCAGCCUCCUGCAGCCGAUGCUGGCGGCCGGAAUGCCUGAUGUGAAGGAUGUCCGGGAUCUUCAGUAUGUUCAUAAUAACCUGCGGCCACACGACUCUGAGCUCGAGGCCACUUCAUAUUUCACCAGAAAGAUUAAAGAGAGCAUGGAGAGUUUCCCUGUGAAGUUAAACUUCCUGAUCCACAAUAUGGUGCAGUUUUCCUCCGGGAGACGUCCGGAGCCGCUGACUGACAGCCGGAUCUCCAACAGAUCCAACAUCCAGCAGGCCGUGAUCCAGAAAUACAGCGGCAGCGGCAAAGAUGUGACGUACGAGCUGAAGCUGACCAUCGAGGACGGUUUCGUCAUCAGUCACAAGAGCUUUGCUCAGUUCGGGACGCUCCACAAGCUGCUUCAGAAGCACUUCAUCGAGUCCACACUGCCCAAGUUCCCCAGCUGGUUCCACAUGUCCUUCACAGCGAGCAGGAGGAUGGUUCUGCUGAACCGGUACCUGAAGGAGCUGUUCUCCGGGCCCUGCAGAGGAAACGAGUACGUCUGCAGCCUGUUCCUGGACGGACCGAACACCGCCGGCAAAUCAGAACCAGACGCUCAUCUCCGGCCACAGAUCCAGCUCUACCUGUCUUAUAAAGACUUCAAACUAUCUGUCAUGAUAAAGCACUUGAAAAAUAUUAGGUUGUCUAACGGCUCGUGUCCGGAUGCGUAUGUGGUUACGCGACUGAGACCCGAUCCACACGACCAGAGCAAGAGGAAGACCAAAGCGGUCCGCAGCAACGACAACCCCACAUUCAACGAACUGAUCGAGUACCGGAACGUGCUGAAGCUCCACGGCCGUGUGCUGGAGGUCACGGUGAAGAGCAGGAAGGCUUUCGUUGCGGCCACAAACGUGGUUCUGGGAGAGAGGGUUCUGGACCAGGAGAAGUGGUUUCCUCUGGGCUUCUCUGCAGUUUAGAGACCAGCUUUACUCAGCGCUCACUGAACAGAGCCAUCAGCUGUUCAUAUGAUCUCGACGUUUCUGGUAGAGAUCAUAUCAUAUGAAGGAAAGAUGGCGAUCAGUAUUAAUAAAGCUCAUGGGAUGGAGUUUGCCACGGUCUCCUU